GGGGCACACAAAGCGCAGGCGCAGCAGCUUGGGGAGUAGCCGCCGCAGCAAGUAGCGGCCGUUUUGGCAGCAGCCUCCGCAAGAGGUGUGGACAGGUUCCGCCUGACCCCAUCCUGGAAAGUCCUUUUGAAGAAAUGGCCCUGGUGAGGGGCGGCUGGCUGUGGAGACAGAGCUCCAUUCUCCGCCGCUGGAAGCGGAACUGGUUCGCCCUGUGGCUGGAUGGGACCCUGGGCUACUACCAUGAUGAGACGGCGCAGGACGAGGAGGACCGCGUGCUCAUCCAGUUCAACAUCCGCGACAUAAAGAUUGGCCAAGAGUGCCACGAUGUGCAGCCCCCAGAGGGCCGGAGCCGAGAUGGCCUGCUGACCGUGAACCUACGGGAGGGCUCCCGCCUGCACUUGUGUGCAGAGACCAAGGAUGAUGCCAUAGCGUGGAAGACGGCACUGCUGGAGGCGAACUCCACCCCGGCCCCAGCUGGAGCCACCGUCCCUCCCAGGAGCCGCCACGUUUGCCCCAAGGUCAGGUGUGUGACCCGCUCGUGGAGCCCCUGUAAGGUUGAAAGGCGGAUCUGGGUGCGUGUCUACAGCCCGUACCAGGACUACUAUGAGGUGGUACCCCCCAACGCGCACGAAGCCACAUAUAUCCGCAGCUACUACGGACCGCCCUAUGCAGGCCCCGGCGUGACACACGUGGUAGUGCGGGAGGAUCCCUGCUACAGUGCUGGCGCUCCACUGGCUAUGGGCAUGCUUGCCGGGGCUGCCACAGGUGCAGCACUGGGCUCGCUCAUGUGGUCGCCCUGCUGGUUCUGAGCCCUGGGACUCGGAGCGUGGACCCUGUGCAUAGACCAACAGACCCCUGUUCUUACUUGACCCGGCCCUCCACUAUCUAAGCCCUGCCAUACUUUGGCUCCUUCUCCAUUAGCCGCUUCUGGACUUGGAUCAUCCAUCCCACUCCCCCACCCUCUAUACUGGAAGAAGCUAUCAUCCCAGGCACAAACAUAGUCAAAAUCCUCAUAUCUACUACCAGACACCCCAGAAUUUUGUUAUAUAUGGACACGUUUCCCCCCAAAUAUACCAGGACACAGAAAACACAGCUCAAUGUGACUUAAAGUUCCCCUGUGCUGGAGACACAGGAGUCAGGUUCUUUCCUCCAGCUGCUCCAGGGUUGGUGGGAAAAACGGAAGUAAACAAACACUUGACAAAGCAGAGUUAUCCGUCCUUUGACACAUGAGGGUAAAGAGCAGAAGAAGGUAGGCUAGGAGUAGGGUUGUUGGCAAGAGUGCAGAGCAGUGAAUAUCAUGGCAUGUCCAAGGAAUUAAGAGUUCAUUUAGGCUGGGGUGAGGACUGGGAUCAGAUCAUGAUCAUCUGAUCAGCUCUUUAGCUCCAGGCUAAAGAGCUUGCCGGGUAAAGGCGAGAUGUGAGCUUUUUGGAAGGAAGUUUCAUGAAUGUGCCUAUAAUGAAUAUAUUGCCUGUUUUGUUAAUACUGACACAUGCUCAAAUCCAAAACACUCUCUGAAGUUAGCCCCAUCCUUUCCACUACCACCUUCCUGGGUCCCCUGUUCGUUCAGUGCUCAGAAAACAUCUGUUCCCCAUGUUAGGGUGCCUGGGGCAGCAACUGAGCUGAACCUGGGGUCCCCUUGCUGGGGGACAGAUGAGCUCUGUUUGAGACCUCCAGCCCUAGGAUGGUGCCUCCAUCAGGAAAUGCAUUCCUGGUUCCCAGGAACUUGGACCUCUGUCCAUAACUAUGGCUGUCACCAUCUUGGGCUUUGUCUCUUCCUUCACUCUGGGGGAGAUGGCAGUGUUCACCUCUCGGGCCUGAUCCACUGGGAAGCCCCACAUGUGCCUCCCUGUCGGGUGGCCCAGCAGUCUCUCCAUUUGGCUCCCUUCCAAUUUCUUUUCCCAUCCUGUCCUAAUAGAAAUGCUAACAUUCCUACCCAGUAGCCAGAGUAGCCUGCUAAAGUUCCCUUGUAGGCAGGGGCUCCGGUGGCCCUGCUGCAGAGACUAAUAAAGAUGUAAUUGGCUCUA